CAUGAGCCUGUUUUUGGUGGGUUUUUGUUGUUUCGCUAUUUGAUGUUGUUGCUUAGGGGAAAAAAACACGAAAAAAAGGGGAAAUUCUUGCUGAAAAUGGCAGGAUUUUUAAAGCAAACAGACAUAGGAUUGCUGGCGGACUAUUUUUUAUUUUCUUUUAUCUAGUUAACCGUUUCUUCGUCUUUGACUUAAAUGGUUUCAAUUGAGGGUUUCAAUCCGUUGCAUUGUUCAAUAUGAACAUAAAUACCUUAUGGGGUUUUUGAAAAAUUGUUUUGGGAUGAGUUGCUAUUGAAGGAAAAAUAUGGGGAAUGUGGUCUGGUGAUUAUCAAAUUGAAGUGAAUAGGUCAAAUGGCAACCAGAGGAUAUGCUAUCUGUUUUGGGAGCGUGGGUGAUUUUCUUAUUUCUAAUUUGCUUUUCCUUAUAUUUUUUUUGUGAGAUUGGAUGCCAAUGGAUUCUCUUUCUGAUUUGAUGUUAUACUUUUAGUGAAACAGAAAAUGUGGAUCCAAGGUUGAGGGAAACUUUUAUAUCUAUAUAUUUGAAUCUGGUAUCCUGUGGAAGCAUUUCCCUGGAAUCUUCAUAUGAGAGAGCUGCCAGAUGUACCUACGUAUCUACUCUUUUGUAUGAAUAUGGAGGUUUUGGAGUGAAGCCAAUGAAUGCUAAUACAUCAUGCUUACAGUGGAAUCUAAAAUAUUGCGAGAGGUUCUCCACAGACUUCUACAUAACUGAUCGAAAGUCUGGUAUCAGAGCCAUGGUAAAAGCUGGUUCAGGUUGUAAAGUUGUUCCCUUGAUUGUUGAGAGCAAACUUGUGACUACAAGGCAAUGCAGAACCCUAUCUUCUCACUUGAGGAAAUGGUUGCAAGAAAGAAACCUGUCAGCCGAGGCCCGCCUACUACGUUUGGAAGAAGGGUACGUACAAGAAGGCAGCUUUGUUACCGUGAUUGGUGUUUUGCGUAGAAAUAAUGAUAUUUCGAUGAUUGUUCAGCCACAAGAGCUUUUCUCCACAGGAUGCCUGUGGCAAAAGCUUUUACUCCCUGUGGAUGUUGAUGGGCUAAUCCUGGGGUUCCCAGAUACUGCUGGCCCUAACAUGAACCCAGGUUACACACAACACUUGGAACAAUAAUGUCAAACCUCUCAGAAAAUUAGGAACAUGUAGGUUUUGGAUCUUGUUGAUAAAAUUGAUUUAUCCUAGAAGUUAUCCUUUCUGUUACCACCAGUGCGAUUUCUUUUCUACGUUCUUCUAGGUGGUUCUUUUCUGAUCUUCAUUCCUAGCCGCUCCCUGGUCCAAAGAUUCUUACCAUCUAAAAAUGACCCCUCAAAGACCACCAUGAAAUGAUGAAGAUUUAUAGGGAUUGGAAGAAACUUCUUCCGUGGCAGGGCAUGGGUGGCCUGAACUCCCUAUACCAGAUAACAAUAAGUUAAAUAAUAAUAAAAAAUAAACAGCAUUGAAUAUGGUCACUGGAAAUUCUUAGCAAUUAAAAUUCGUAGAAUUUGCAGUAAACUUCUUGCCCAACAUAGCUCGCAAGCAAGUAGCAUGUAAACCAAGGUGCUCUGGAGUUUGCUGUAGCAAUUAAAAUACGUAGAAUUUGCAGUAAACUUCUUGCCCAACAUAGCUCGCAAGCAAGUAGCAUGUAAACCAAGGUGCUCUGGAGUUCGCUGUAGCAAUUAAAAUACGUAGAAUUUGCAGUAAACUUCUUGCCCAACAUAGCUCGCAAGCAAGUAGCAUGUAAACCAAGGUGCUCCGGAGUUCGCUGGAUCAGUGUGAGGGUCGAGUGCCGACCUGCAGCUCCUCAGAUCUCGUGAGGAUACCCCCAGUGCCCGCUUGAAUGCUUCUUAGUGUACGAAAUCCUGGUAAUAAAAAAACGAAACUUGUCAAAAGUAACAGUGUAAACUUCAACUAUAUGCAUCAAACAAAAAUUUUCAGUAUCAUUUCUUCUCAAAGGCUAGUUGUAGGAUGGGAGUCUGUCCGUCUUUUGAAGGUAAACGCGGUAAAAAGACAAGUCGUUCUUUGAGAAACCCAAAAUGUUUAAGCGACAAGUCUCUUACUCCACCAGCAAUGACACAUAAAGGAAAACCUGGAGGUGAAAGAAACAACAAUUAAAAUCAAGAGAGAGAAAAUAAUGCAGAGGGUCUCUUCAAAGACAAUCUUCUUCUCUAUCCUUAAAGGGCCGAAUAAUUACAGUGCCGCGCUUCACUCUAACAUCCUUCUCCUCAUACACAGACAACAACUGCACCAAAACCCCAGCAACAACAUAUCAAACAAAACAACCAAUGGGUUUGGUCUUAUUUCUCUUAAAACCCAAGAACCACAACCACACGAACAGGACAACAAAGUCGAUGAAUUUGCAAGCGAUGUCGAGAAGGUAUAUAGAUUACUCAGGAAAUUUCACUCUAGAGUUCCUAAAUUAGAACUUGCUUUACAGGAAUCUGGUGUUGUACUGCGUAAUGGUCUCACUGAACGUGUCUUGAAUCGCUGCGGCGAUGCUGGGAUUUUAGCUUAUAAAUUCUUUGUCUGGGCAUCGAAGCAGCCUUGUUAUAGACAUUGUUAUGAGAAUUAUAAGGCUAUGAUUAAGGUUUUGAGUAAAAUGAAACAAUUUGGAGCUGUUUGGGCUUUGCUGGAGGAAAUGAGGAGAGAUAACAGUGUGUUAAUAACGAGUGAAGUUUUUGUUGUUGUUAUGAGGAGGUUUGCUUCUUCUAGAAUGGUGAACAAGGCAAUUGAAGUUUUAGAUGAGAUGCCAAAGUAUGGAUGUGAACCUGAUGAGUAUGUGUUUGGUUGUUUAUUGGAUGCUUUGUGUAAGAACGGUAGUGUUAAGGAAGCUGCUUCUCUUUUUGAGGAUAUGAGAGUGAGAUUUAGUCCAAGUUUGAAGCAUUUUACAUGUUUGUUGUAUGGUUGGUGCAAGGAAGGGAAGUUAUUGGAGGCUAAACAUGUGUUGGUACAAAUGAGGGAAGCGGGGUUUGAGCCAGAUAUUGUGGUGUAUAACAAUUUGUUAAGUGCGUAUGCAACGGCUGGGAAAAUGGGGGAUGCUUUUGAUUUAUUGAAGGAGAUUAGGAGGAAAGGAUGCGACCCUAAUGCGACUUCUUAUACCAUUUUGAUUCAGGCACUUUGUGGGCAGGAGAAGAUGGAUGAGGCGAUGAGAGUAUUUGUUGAGAUGGAGAGAAGUGGUUGUGAUGCUGAUGUUGUGACUUAUACUGCUUUGGUAAGUGGCUUUUGCAAGUGGAGGAUGAUAGAUAAGGGAUAUCAGAUUUUGCAAAGCAUGAUACAGAAAGGGCAUAUGCCCAAUCAAUUGACUUAUUUGCAUCUGAUGUUGGCCCAUGAGAAGAAGGAAGAGUUGGAAGAGUGCAAGGAAUUGAUGGGGGAGAUGCAAAAGAUUGGUUGUAUUCCAGAUCUUAGUAUUUAUAAUGUAGUGAUUAGAUUGGCCUGCAAGUUGGGGGAGGUGAAUGCUGGUGUUGAUGCUUGGAAUGAAAUGGAAGUAAGUGGCCUUAGUCCAGGACUUGAUACUUUUGUUAUUAUGAUUAAUGGGUUUCUAGGGCAUGGAUACCUGGUCGAGGCUUGUCAGUAUUUCAAAGAAAUGGUUGAGAGAGGUCUUUUGUCUAGUCGUCAAUAUGGCAUACUGAAGGAUUUAUUGAAUGCCUUGCUGCGAGGUGAGAAGCUUGAAUUGGCUAAAGAUCUUUGGAGUUGCAUUGUGACUAAAGGAUGUGAGCUUAAUGUGGAUUCAUGGACAAUUUGGAUUCAUGCACUGUUCUCAAAUGGGCAUGUGAAGGAAGCAUGUUCAUAUUGUCUGGACAUGAUGGAUGCUGAUUUAAUGCCAAAACCAGAAACUUUUGCUAAGCUCAUGCGUGGUUUAAGGAAAUUGUAUAACAGACAGUUUGCAGCAGAGAUCACAGAGAAGGUGAGGAAGAUGGCUGCGGAUAGACAUGUGACUUUCAAAAUGUAUAAACGACGAGGGGAGAGGGAUUUGAUAGAAAAGGCCAAGGCGAAAAAGGAUGGGAGAAAAAGAAGGGCCCGCAGACGCCAGUGGGGUGCGGGUCAUAAUAGAGCUAGCAUUUUGUAGUUUUUGUGUUGGACUGUUAUCAAGCGACUGAAUUGUUUUAUUGGAUUGCUUUCGAGUCUGUGUGCUUGCUUGCCCUGGUGUGACAUGGAGCUGCUUCAAUCUUUAAACAUGCGAAUGGAACAAGGGCUCUAAUAUGCUGCUCCAGGAAAGGUGACAGUUGAGAACACUCCAGACUAAGACUGGUGAAGAAUAUCAAUUGUACAUUCAUGCAUCUAAUGUACAUGAUGUUGCUUCUAAAUUAGACAUUCUAUCCUUAUUGCUGUCAUCCAAACCAUUUCGUGUUUGUGACUGACUUACCCUGCUCAAGUGAUGGAAAAGACGCCAUCAGUAUUACCAAUAUGAUAAUGGUUCUUCAAAUGUUUUUCUUUUUAGUCUUUUUUAUUGUUUUGUAUUCUGGUUAUCUUUACUAUUCUGUUGAAUUCAGUGGUAGUGGCUGUUUAUGCAGCUGUUGCCCGAAAGGCAGAUGAUAUGAUCUCCUUCUUUUUUCCCAAUUCAAUUAUGCUUUUGGUGCGCUUUA